AUGGUUGCUCAAGGUUGUACACAAGAGUAUGGUAUUGAUUAUGAAGAGACUUUUGCUCAUCUCACAUUUGUUCGAGCUUUCUUUCCCAUUGCUGCGAUACUUUAUGGUCUUAAACAAGUUCUUCGUGAAUUGUUUGACAAGUUUAGCACCACUAUAAGCAAUCUCGGUUUCACUUGCAGCCCUUAUGAGAAUGCUCUCUUUAUUCGUAAAAGUGAACGUGGGGUUGUUCUUCUACUUUUGUAUGUUAAUGACAUGAUUAUUACUAGAGAUAAUGUUGAUGAGGUCAUAUAUACAGAUGAUGGUAUUUAUCUCUCUCAAGCUAAGUAUGCUUCAGAUCUUCUUGCUCGCAUCGAAAUUACAGAUAGUCGCACUGAGUAUACUCUCCUUGAGCCUAAUGUUCGAUUUACCCUUAUGGAUGGCACUGUUUUGAAUAAUCCUACUCUUUAUCAACAGUUAAUUGAAGGUCUUGUCUACUUGACUGUCACACGCCCAAACAUUGCUUAUUCAGUUCAUGUUCUUAGCCAGUUCUUGUCAUCUCCUCGCACUACUCACUAUGCGGUUGUUCUUCGUAUUCUUUGCUACAUUAAAGACACUCUAUUUUAUGGACAUCAUUUUUCUGCUCAUUCAUCUUUAUCCCUUCAAGCGUACUCAAAUGCUGAUUGGGCUGGUGAUUUCAUUGAUCGUCGUUCUACUACUGGUUAUUAUUUGUUUCCUGGUGACUAUCUUAUUUCCUGGUGGGCCAAGAAGCAAACAUUCACAUCUCACUUUAGCACAGAAGCUGAAUACCGUGCUCGCGCUGACACCACUGUUGAGCUUGUCUUGAUUCGUUGGCUUCUCAAAGACUUGGGUGCUCCUCAGUCACCCCCGACUGAUAUUUUUUGUGACAACCGCAGUGCUAUUCAGAUUCUCCAUAAUAAUAUAAUGGAUAUAGAUGAUGAAAUGAGUAUUGAUUAUGUGGAUGAUACUUGUGAUAUAAUGAUUGCGAUCUCAUGA